AUGGGGGUUUCGUUAAAGCCACGCGAAAAUCCCGAGGACCUGCUUGCGGUAGCUCGUCUGGAGCAAACUUCUACGCUAAUAGCCGGGAGAUGGUACGUCAGAUUGCCUUGGAAGGACCCUAAGUGUAAUAUGUCUAAUUCUUACCCUAAGGCUUUAGCCAGAUUGAAGGGAGUGGAAAGGAAAAUUAAAAGCAACAACGAAUAUGGAUACAGCUACAUUUGGGAGAAGUUUAUGAUGGACGAUGAGAAGAAAGAGGGUAGCAACGCGUCGUCGAGUAAAAUCGGAGCGGGGAGCCAAAACUCCAGACAGGAUGUGGACGACGAUGACCAGAAUGCGCGUUCCAAUUCUUACGAAUCCGAGUCCAGCGCUUAUUCAGAAGGGAGCGGGGUGGACAUGGCAUCCAGGGACGGGGUAGCAGCCAAGGGGUCGCGCGUCAUUCAGCAGAUCAGAGACAAAAAGGAAACGUCGGUCCGACGCGCGGGCAAUGUGCAAAAGCGACGAACGCCUACUGCCUUACGCCAAGCUCCGAAAAGGACUGCUAAGAAAGCACCCCGGAAGUAUAGAAGACAUAGAAAUUUGGCAGCGUCUGGAGGUAUAUCGAAAUCGCGGAAAUACGUUUGCCAAUACUGUGGCCACCGAUGCCGCAGUAGA